AUGUAUUUAUUUAUUUAUUUAUUUAUUUAUUUAUUUCAGCCCUUUAGAGCCUCCGCCUCCUUCCCAGGAAGAAGUCGAAGCAGCAAAAAGAAGGACCCUCAGCCUCACUGCCCUCCUCGGGUCUCUGUAGAAGAGAGCCGCAGCAGCAGCAACUGCAGCCGCAGCAACUGCAGCAGCAGCAACAGCAGCAGCAGCAGCAACAGCAGCAGCAACUGCAGCAGCAGCACCGGCAGAAGCAGCUGCAGCUGCUGCAGCAGGAGCAGCAGCAGUGUCUACUGCAGCAGGAACUGGUGA